AUGCUGGAAGGUCUCGUUGCCGGCCUGCUCAACCGCUUCCUGGGCAUGUAUGUCAAGAACUUCGAUCCCACACAGCUCAAAGUCGGGAUAUGGAGUGGCGAUGUCAAGCUCCGGAACCUCGAGCUCCGCAAGGAGGCUCUGGACCAGCUCAAGCUGCCCAUCAAUGUCAUGGAAGGCCACUUGGGCGAGCUUACCAUUGUGAUCCCCUGGUCCAACCUACGGGGUGCUCCAGUCAAGGUCUUCAUUGAGGACGUCUUCCUGCUGGCGUCGCCGAAGGAGGAGUCGGCUUACAAUCCCGAAGAAGAAGAGAGAAGGCGGCACAGGGUCAAGAUGGAGAAGCUUGACAGUGCCGAGCUGCUCAAAGAGAGAUCCCAAGAAGGCCUCAGCCAAGAGGAGCAGAAGAAGAGUCAGAGCUUCACGGAGAGCCUGGUCACUAAGAUUGUCGACAACCUACAAGUCACCGUCAAGAACAUCCACGUUCGGUACGAGGACUCCAUUUCAGCCCCCGGCCACCCCUUUGCUUUGGGUGUCACACUCGGAGAGUUCAGCGCCGUCAGUACGGACGGCGAGUGGAAGCCAACAUUUAUUCAGAACUCGUCAAAGUCGACACACAAGCUGGCCAAGCUCGAGGCCCUCGCCGUCUACUGGAACACGGAUACUACUCUUCUCGGACCGGGUCGGGAGACGGACGAGCACGACGAUCUCCUCCCACACGACGAGCUUAUCUCCAAGUUCAAGGAAAUGAUUGGCAAGGGCAACGACGAUGCCACAAAAGACCACCAGUUCAUCCUCAAACCCGUCAGUGGGCAGGCCAAGAUUGAGCUGGACAAGACUGGAGCCACCAAUGUGCCCAAGUUUAAGGGUACUCUCCUAUUCGACGAAAUCGGCGUCGUUCUGGAUGAUGAUCAGUACCGCGAUGGGUUGAUGAUGGUCGACCUGUUUCACUACUUCAUUCGGCAUCAGGAGUACAAGAAGUUGCAACCCAAGAAUGUGACACCGAAGGAGGACCCCCGAGCAUGGUUCAAGUUUGCAGGAGACGCUGUGCUGGCCAAGAUACACGAGCGUAACCGGAGGUGGACAUGGGACUACUUCCGUGAGCGGCGCGAUGACCGCAUACGCUACAUCGAACUCUUCAAGAAAAAGAAAGCGAACCAGCAGCUGUCAGCCGAUGAAUCCGACGAUUUGAAUAGACUGGAGAUGAAGCUUGGCUACGAGGAUCUGCGAUUCUGGAGGUCCUUGGCUCGCAAUCAGUUGAGGAAGGAGAAUGCAGAGGCGCUCAGAAAGCAUCCACCACAAGAUCAGCAGCAGCAGCAAGGCUGGCUAUCCUGGGUGUGGGGUUCCAAGCCUGCAGCCGAGACGACCGACUCACAGGAGAAUACGCAGAUGACGGAAGAGCAGCGCAAGGAGCUCUACGAAGCGAUCGACUGGGACGAGAAGGCCGCACUUGCUGAUGCCGUUGACGUCCCUCGAGAUACUGUGAAGAUGGAGCUGAACACCUGGCUCAGUACCGGAUCGUUCACACUCAGGCAAAGUCCGCAUGGGACCAAAACUGAUCUGCUCAGCUUGCACUUUGACCUGUUCAAGGCUAAGGCCCUCAAGAGGCCAGACUCGAUACUUGCUGAUCUCAGCCUCGGCGGAUUUCGAGUCAACGACGGCACAACUCCCGAUAGUCUGUUCAAGGAGAUCGUGCGUGUCAAGGACGCACCGGAAGGAGAGGACUCGACACGGUUGUCCAUCGGCGAGCUCGAAGGCUCAUCGCAUGAGACCUUCUUCGACUUGCAGGUCGAGCAGAACCCCUUGGAUGGGCAGGGUGACUUUGCAGUCACGGCCAAGCUGAAACCCCUGGAGAUUGUUUGGAACCCCAACUUCGUCAUUGGUAUUGUGGACUUCUUCAAGCCUCCAGAGAGACACAUGGAAUCCAUCACUGCUCUAAUGGAGUCUGCCGGAGCAACAGUCGAAGGCUUACGGCAGCAGACGCGGGCUGGUCUCGAGUUUGCGCUGGAGGAGCACAAGACUUUCAAUGCCAAGUUGGAUUUGCAGGCGCCUCUAAUCAUCAUUCCACAGAGCAUCACGACAAAACGGUCGACGUGUCUCAUUCUUGAUGCAGGUCGCAUCAAUGUGGAUAGCGAGCUUGUCGAUAAAGCGACAUUGAAGCAAGUUCAGGACAAACAAAACCAGUCAUACUCGGAGGAAGAUUUCAAACAGCUCGAGUCGCUAAUGUACGAUCGGUUCAUUGUCAAGCUCACUUCGACACAGGUCCUGAUUGGACCAUCCAUCGAAGAGACCAAGCGCCAGUUGGUCGAGAAGGAUGAAGAACUUCGAAUGCAUGUGGUGGAGAAGAUCAACGUAGACUUUGUCGUCGCGCUGUCUAUUCUGCCGAAGGCUCCGAACCUCACAAAGAUGAAGAUUUCCGGCCACAUGCCUGUCCUACAUGCAACCGUAUCAGACACAAAAUACAAGAGCCUGAUGAGACUCAUCGAGGUGGCUAUUCCCAAAUUCGGCAAUCAACAGCAACAGAAGCCGGCAGAGUCAACAGCAGCGAAGCCUAAGAGGCCUCGCCUUCUCAGUUCUGCUUCUAGCCGCUCUGGCCGCACCCGUUCACAUCAUCGAAAGAGUUCUUCGAACCCGUUCUUCUCCCAACAAACUGCAAUAAUUCUCGAGGACGACUCAGACAAUGAUGACGAGUUUGAAGACGCAGCGGACGGAAGCUCGAAUCAGAACCUAAAGCUGCAACAGAAGAAUUUCGAAUUCAAGUUCUCCGUCGACAAGCUCCAGGGCUCACUAUACAAGAGUGACCCUGACGGUGAAGAUCCCGACAAGCUCUUGGUGGAUCUUGUCGCCGAAAGCUUCGAUCUUCACUUCUACAUGCGGCCGUUCGAUAUGGCUGCAGAAGUGUCGCUAGGCUCUGUCACAGUUGACGACUUCGUGGAAAACCCUUCUGCUGAGUUCAAGUCAAUCAUCUCCUCGGGCGACGUGGAGGAUCGGCAGAAGCAGACAGAUCUGGUUCAUGUCAAGUUCACGAAAGUGAACAGGGAGUCACCAGAAUUCAUGUCAGUGUAUGACGGCAUCGACACGAACGUCAACGUCGCCAUUUCCACGAUCAAUGUGGUUGUCACGAGGAAGACUCUCCUCACGUUGUUGGAUUUCAUCCUCGUCACAUUCACAAACAACAACAACGGCGCUGCGCCUAAUAAUUCGGCCGAGCAAGCCAGAAUCACCGAAGCCGACGAGGCUGGCGACAAAGUCACAAUAGUUGAGCCACCCGCGGAAACAGCCCAGCCAGAGCAAGGCUCCAUGCGUGUCAAGGUCGACCUGAAAGCCAUUCGACUUAUACUCAACAACGAUGGCAUUAGAUUGGCGACCCUCUCCUUUACUCACGCAGACAUCGGUGUGUUCCUGUCUGGCAAGACUAUGAGGGUCGCAGCAAAACUGGGCGAUCUGACGUUGGUGGACGACGUCAACGUUGGGGCAUCUGAAAACUCCAGCUUCCGGAGACUUGUUGCCAUCCAGGGCGACGAACUGGCGGACUUCCGCUACGAGACUUUCGAUUCAAGCAAUACUCAGACUUAUCCUGGCUAUGAUUCAUCAAUAUUCCUUCGAGCUGGGAGUAUCAAGGUUAACUUCCUCGAAGAACCGUUCAGGAAAAUCGUCGAGUUCUUGGUCAAGUUUGGCAAGAUGCAGGCCAUCUUCAAUGCUGCAAGACAGGCUGCGGCAAACCAAGCGCAACAGCUCCAACAGAGCACGAGCCGGUUCAAAUUCGAUGUGAUUGUCAACACUCCAAUCAUUGUGUUCCCCCGAGCCUUGACUGCCGACCGACACAAGAGGGACUAUAUCACCGCCUAUCUGGGUGAGAUUUAUGCUCAGAACAAGUUUGUGCCCCUUGAUGACUCGGAAAACUCGGAGAUCGCCAUGAAGCUCUCCGCUGGUAUACGGAACAUCCGCUUGACCUCACUGUGUCACUACUCUAAGGAAGAGUCUGAGGAGCUCGAGAUGAUUGACCACGUCGAUCUCGGCUUCAACAUUGUGUAUGCGGAGCAUACGGCUGGUUCCAAACGGCCAGACACUGAAAUCGAGGGCACCAUGACCGACAUCAACCUUCGGCUCACGCAGUACCAAGUCCAAUUUCUCCUAGAGAUUUCGCGAUCUGUUCCUGCUGCUUUUGCAACCAAUUCUGAAGCUAGCAACGAAGAGGCAGAGCGCGAUGUGGAUGAGCGCACCUUGCGCCGAGCGAAGACAAUGUCAUCAACCAUGACUGGUGGCGAGGAGCAGAUUGCAGAUUUGUCACCAGAGCUGGGUUCGAGGGAAGACACCUGGACCAAGUUAGACUUGGUGUUUUCGGCGCACAAGAUUGGACUUGAGCUCAUCAGUGCUUCUGAGGACAAGCCGGUCGGGAAUUUGGACUCUGCCAGCUUGUCUCGCUUUUCUUUAGACGACAGCAAGCUCAAGACAAGAAUGUUGGCCGACGGGUCAUUAGAGGCGGAGUUUGUCAUCCAGUCAUUCACCAUCUUCGACAGCCGCGCAAGAGAAGGAAACAAGUUUAAGAAGAUCAUGACUUCGUCGAACAAGGAUGUCCAGCAGUUCAUGGCAAGCCUGUCCAUGACAGGUGCGGAACAGCGCAGCAUGAUUGCUGUUGUUGCCGUGGACAGCCCUCGCGUCAUUUUCGCCUUGGACUACCUCUUCGCCAUCCAAAACUACGUCUCAACCGCCCUCAAGGUCGAAGAACCGGAUCCUCUAAUUGAGGAAAGCAUCGACUCUACAGACGUAUCAGACAACGAGUCUAUGCAGGUUGUUGUGCCAGACAAUAAGUCUAGAAGUCCAGCCCAGGAUGCCAAGCCUACUGUACCAAAGGAGGCGCCGAAAAUGAACAUUUCUUAUCGUGUCAACAUUGUCGAUGCUCAGAUCAUCCUCAUCGCCAACCCGCUAAGCAGCAGCUCCGAAGCCAUUGUACUAGGCACGAAGCAGGUCCUCCUCGCGCAGCAACAUUCUUUGACUUUCAAUGUUUCGGAAGUUGGCAUGUUCCUCUGUCGCAUGGACAAGUUCGACACUUCCCGCCUGCGCAUCCUGGACGACUUUUCAAUCCAAGCGUCAUUGGACAGUUCGCGGCCAAACAUGAGCAGUAUUGGCAUCAGCAUUGAACCGCUUAUCCUGCGUUUGUCUCUUCGCGACAUCCUGCUUGUUCUACAGAUCAUCAGCAAGGCUUCUGAGAUGUCUGUCAACGAGGAGGACUCUAAGCCGAGCGCAUCCGACCAGAAGGCCAAGCAAUUGAGGGGAGAUGGCUUGAAGCAGCGUACAUCAAGUGGCCAUGGCUCAACAAUUGCGCGCAAGACUGGUAAGGGUACCAAGACUGCCAGGACGGGCGGUACUGCAGCAGCCAGCAACAAGGCUUCCGCGCAACAGCCCCACGAUGUUGUCAAGAGGCCACUGAAGCACGAGGAAUUAACGGCGUCUCUGGAGGGCAUUCGUGUAGUGUUGAUCGGAGACCUUCACGAACUGCCCAUAUUGGACAUGAGCAUCAAGGGGUUCACGGCAACAGCGGCAGACUGGACGAGCUCGUUGAAGGCCGAGGCAGCGGUGGACAUGUAUGUGAAUGUCUACAAUUUCGCCAAGUCUGCUUGGGAGCCUCUGAUCGAGCCUUGGCAAGUCGGCCUUGGCGUGGCGAAAGAGCAAUCCAGUGGGCUACUGUCAGUCGAUGUUGCUUCCAAGAAGACGUUCGACAUAACAGUCACGACCGCGACCAUCGCUCUCGCUUCCAAGUCUUUCGACUUCCUGACACAAGAUCAAGAUGUUCUAGGCAAGCCUCGUGGCGUGGAGGCUCCCUACAAGAUUCGAAACUACACUGGCUUUGAUGUCGCAAUCCAAGCCAAGAGCCAGAGCAACGAAGAUAUCUCUGCCAAACUGGAGGAUGGCGAGGAGGCUCCCUGGAGUUUUGAACACUGGGAGAAGAUGCGUGAGAACAUCAUGUCAGAGAACAAUACUGCCAACAGCGUCUCGGUCCACAUUGAGGGCAGCGGUUUUGACACAGUCAAAAACAUUCGUCUAAACCGCGAAGGAGAGUUUUUGUAUAGUCUUCGCCCGAAGGCUGAUAAUAUCCUCCACCGCCUUCUUGUGGAAAUUGAGCUCGGCCAGGACAACAUCAAAUAUGUCACACUUCGAUCACCGCUAUCCGUGGAGAACAAUACGCACAUUUCGAUCGAGCUCGGCGUGUUCGAUGCACAGGAAGGGCAUCUGCUCAAGAUUGAAAAGAUUCCUCCAGGACAAAGUCGACCAGCACCAGUCGGUGCCGCCUACCUCAAGAGUCUCCUUGUUCGACCGGAUUCAGGUUUCGGAUAUGAAUGGUCGUCUGAGCCACUCUGGUGGAGAGACCUACUCAAGCGGCCGACAAGAACCCUGGUCUGCAAGGGAGAGAACAACGACCCCUUCUACUUCCAGAUGAACACCAUAUUCGACAAGGGCCACUUUUUGACAGGGAAAUACCCCUACAUGAAGCUGAAGUUAUCCCCCCCAGUCGUCCUGGAAAACCUUCUGCCGUACGAUUUCAAGUACGCUGUGUAUGACAAGAAUGCCCAGAGAGAUUGGAGCAACUUCCUACGAAAAGGCGGCGAGAGCCCUUGCCACAUGAUAGAGCUCUCGCAUUUGCUGCUUGUCAGUAUUGACAUGCAGGACACUCAGUUCAGGGCAAGCGAGUACGCGAUUGUGAACGCUCCACAGCAAUCUGACUUCAGGAAAGAGAGCAAGCUCAUCUGCAAAGACGAAGACGGGCUGCCGCUGAGCCUGAGGCUCCACUAUGUUAAGGUGCCGGAUGGUGGAGGCGCUUUCAAGGUCACAAUCUACAGCCCGUAUGUGAUACUGAACAAGACAGGCUUGAGCAUCAAUAUCCGUGGAAAGCAAUUCCUGCAACAAGCUAAGAGAGCUGCUGGAGAGUCGAGCCUGGAUCGUGCUGCUGGCCGCGAGAGAACCAAAGCACUGCCCUUCAUGUUCUCUUUUGGAAGCGAUGAUCAGCGAAACCGCGCACUUUUGAAAAUUGGAGACUCGGAGUGGAGCAAACCACAGAGUUUUGAUGCUAUCGGCAGCACAUCCGAGAUCGUUCUGUCGUCAACUCAGAGAGACACAGAGAUCCAUGCUGGAAUCACGGUCGAGUCUGGGGAGGGCAAAUACAAGCUGACGAAGGUCGUCACGCUUGCGCCAAGAUUCGUGGUCAAUAACAAGCUGGGAGAGGACAUUCACUUGCGACAGCCGGGCUCAUCGGACUUCUUGACUGUUGAGUCGGGCUCACUGCACCCAUUGCAUUUUCUCCAGCGUGCCAAGGAGAAGCAGCUCAUGCUGUGCUACUCGGGCGUUGACAACCAGUGGUCUUCGCCUUUCAACAUCUCGGACGUUGGCACCACGCACAUCAAGAUCGCAAAGGCCGGUCAGCGACAGAAACUUAUUCGUGUUGAGAUUCUGUUGGAGGAUGCAACCAUCUUCCUGCAUCUCAGCCUUGAGACAAAAGCCUGGCCGUUUUCGAUGCGCAACGAGAGCGACACAGAAUUCACAUUCUACCAAGCUGACCCUAACAGAAUCAGCGAAUCACACGACGGCGAUGGUGAUCGAUCAGGUUGGCGGCAGAUUCGCUACAGGCUCCCGCCAAGAAGUAUCAUGCCAUACGCGUGGGAUUUCCCGUCAGCGAAAAAGAAGGAAGUGGUUCUCACUGCAUUCGGCAGGGAACGAUAUGUCAAGCUUGCUGAGAUUGGAAACCAAGUCCCAUUCAAGUUUCCUGACAGCACCGGCACGCAAAAGAUCGUCGACAUCAACGUUGCUGCCGACGGUCCCACCCAAACUCUUAUCCUGUCCAAUUUCAAGGUCAACAAGAGCUUAUACCGUCAGAAGACCAUGAGUGGAUCCACCGCUUCAGCCAACAGUAGUACUACGGGCGGCUUCGUCGUGAAGAAGCAGGACGACCCAGCGACGUUCCAGGCACACUUCAGGCUUAACGGCGUUGGCAUCUCCCUGAUCAACCAGCAGCUAAAGGAGCUUGCUUACAUCACCUUGCGAGAUAUUGAGCUCAAGUACAACGAGUCGCGCCUGCACCAAGGCAUCACAACCAAUAUCAAAUGGAUACAGAUCGACAAUCAGCUGUAUGGUGGCCUCUUCCCAAUGAUACUGUACCCCGCCAAAGUCCAGCAGCGAGCCGAGGAUGUCGAGCUGCAUCCCUCGCUCCACGUCGGUAUCCAACGAGUCAAAGACGACUCGUUCGGUGUGCUUUACGUCAAGUACUUCACGGUCCUGCUCCAAGAAAUGACGAUUGAGCUGGACGAGGACUUCAUUUACGCAGUCUUGGACUACUCCAAAGUACCUGGCGCUUCGUGGACUGAGGUUCAGGAAGACAAGCUCUGCGACGAGAACAUCGAUGUACCUGAGCCAAAGCAAGAGCAGUCUGGCCAGGACAUCUACUUCGAGGCCCUCAACAUUCAGCCCAUGCAGCUCAAUUUGUCAUUUAUGCGCACUGACCGGGUCAGCGUGGAUGACAAGACUUCGACUCGCAAUCCAGUCAUGUUCCUUGCCAAUGUCAUGACCAUGGCUAUCGGCAAUAUCAAUGAUGCGCCCAUCAGGAUGAAUGCACUUCUCAUCGAGAAUGCUCGUGUCUCGAUGCCCAUCUUGAUCCAGCUCAUGUCCAAUCAUUACAGCCAAGAGGUCCUCUACCAGGUCCACAAGAUCAUUGGCAGUGCCGACUUCCUCGGAAACCCUGUCGGUCUGUUUAACAGCAUCAGUAGCGGCAUUACCGAUGCUUUCUACGAACCUUACCAAGGACUGCUGAUGUCUGAGAACCCCGAGGACUUUGGUGUCGGCAUUGCGAAGGGCGCAGCCAGCUUCGUGAAGAACUCUGUUUAUGGCUUCUCUGACUCGUUCUCAAAGUUCACUGGCAGUGUUGGCAAGGGUCUUGCGGCCGCUACACUGGACAAGCAGUUCCAGGAUCGCCGCCGCAUCACGCAUGCAAGGAAUCGGCCCAAGCAUGCUUUGUACGGCGUGACCGCUGGUGCUAAUUCCUUCUUUACGUCUAUCGCCUCUGGCCUUGGUGGAGUGGCUCGCAAGCCGCUCGAGGGCGCUGAGCAGGAAGGUGCUGUUGGCUUCUUCAAGGGCGUAGGCAAGGGUUUUAUCGGACUCGCCACCAAGCCUGCCGUUGGAGUCUUUGAUCUGGCUUCUAAUGUCUCCGAGGGUAUUCGCAACACGACGACCGUAUUCGACGGCUCUGAACUGGACCGUGUGCGGCUCGCUCGUUUCAUUCCCUCCGAUGGCAUUGUCAGGCCUUACAAUCAACGCGAGGCUCUGGGCCAAUUCUGGCUGAAGCAGGUCGACAACGGCAAAUACUUCAAUGAGGAGUACAUUGCCCACCUGGAGCUUCCGCGUGAAGACAUGGUCGUCAUGGUUACGUAUUCACGCAUCCUACUCAUCCGCAGCCGCCGGCUGACUACCGAGUGGGAUGUGCCGCUCAAGGAUAUCCAGACUAUCUCAAAGGAGCGCACGGGCUUGAGCGUUGUGUUCCGUGGAGGGCAGAACGGGCCGUUCAUACCGGUCGGGGAGGAGAGCGGGCGUGCGUUCCUCUACAGGAUGGUCGCGGUAGCUGUGGAGGAGUUCAAUCGGCGGUUCAAGGGGCUCGAGUAG